AUGGUCGAGUGGCUCAUCGCUGUGCUCGCCUCCACGGGGUUCGCCUUCGCGCCUCGCCUUCCAUCGAGCCUGAAGCCACACGCAGAAGUCGCCUCCAUCUUCGCCGAGUGCGACACCUCGGGCGACGGCUUCAUCGACCUCUCCGAGCUCGAGGCGGCUCUCGCCAAGGCGGGCCAUCCCGUCUCUCGGGCGCGGGCGACGGCACUCCUCGACCAGGUCGACGCGAACGGCGACGGCCAGAUCUCGCUCGAAGAGUUUCAGCAGGUCUUCCAGCGCGGCGGCCUCGGCGGCCUGGCCGGGAUGCUGGACCGGCUGGUCGAAGAGGUCGUCUUCGAGGUGUCGGGGACGCAGUUCAACGGCCCCAUCCUCUUCGCCGCGUCCACCGCCGCCUUCGUCGGCGCCUUUGGCAAGUACGUCGCCGCGCUCUCCACGCUGCAGCAGGGCGCCUCCUGGCUGCCCGAGUCGCUCGCACUCGCGCAGAGCAUCCCCGCCGGCUUCCUCGCCGACUAUGCGCAGGCGGCGGAGCUGGCGCCGCUGCUAACCAUGGCUUGCACGUCCUGCCUCUCCUACGCGGUCGGCGACCUGGUCGCCCAGCGCGUCGAGGGCCGGUGGCGGGUCGGGCUGCUCGACCUGCGCCGCUGCGCGCGGAACGCCGCCCUCGGCUUCGGGCUGCACGGGCCGCUGGUUUUCUGGUGGAUCAACGUGCUCGAGGGGCCGCUCGCGGACCUGCUGGGCGAGCCUGCGGGCGCGGCCGAGCGGUGGGGGGGGCUGCUCCUCAAGAUCGCGCUCGACCAGACCUUCUUCUCCGCCCUGAUCAACCUGCUCUACGCCAGCCUCAACGGGCUGCUCUCGGGCGAUGGUGCCGUCGAGGCGUUUGCGCGGGCGCGGCGCGUGCUCGUGCCGGCGAUGGUGUCGUCGUGGCGCUUCUGGCCGGCCGUGCAGCUCAUCUCGUACUCUCCGCUCGUGCCGCUCGACUUCAAGCUGCUCUGGAUCGACACGAUGGAGAUCCUGUGGGUGGCCUACUUGAGCGCCACCGUCAACUCGGCGCCGGGCUCCGAGCCCGAGGCCGUCCCAUGGGGGGAGGCGCGGCUGGCGGAGGAGCGCGAGGGCGGCAUCGGGCCGGUGCUCGACGAGCCGGGCGACUCGGCGAACCUCUCCGCCGGGCCGGUGGCGCUCUUCGCCUCGGCGGCGGCGCUGUCGGCGCUGACCUGGCCGUCCCUGGUCGUGCAGCUGAUGACCGCGGCGCCGGCCUGA